AUGCGUCUUGCUCUUGUGAUUCUAGUGUUGGUUGCAGUCAUCCAGCUAAGCUCUAGUGCGUUGACUGUAACUAUAAGACUCUUAGAUAGAAAUGAGUAUAACCUGAAAUGGAAAUAUGGUGCUGCUCAAACAAUCAAAUGGAUUACUAUUCAUAAUACAGCCAAUAAAGCAUCAGCUGAUAAUGAAGCUAGUUAUCUAAAUACUCGUCGUGAUAAUCAGUACAUAUCAUUCCACUAUGUCGUUGACAAUAUACAUGCAAUUCAACUUUUACCAGAUAACACUCAUGGUUGGCAUGCAGGUGAUGGCAGUGGUGAGGGCAAUAAAGCUUCAAUUGGUGUUGAAAUUGCUCAAUCUACAAACGAUAAUAUUUCUAUUCGCGAUGCAUCAAUUGAAAAUGGAGCUCGAUUAGCUGCACGAUUACUCAAGCGCUUCAACUUCGGUACUGAUCGACUUCGUAAACAUCAAGAUUGGAGCGGAAAAGUUUGCCCACAUGACAUUCUUGGUCGAUACGGUUGGGCUAAUUUCGUCAAUUUGGUUCAACAAAAGAUGAAUUCAGGCGACUACUGA